AAAUAAACAUCUAAACGACUAUAUCCAUCAGUAAUUAUGAGUAAAUGUUAACUGUCGCUAAUACUGAUUGUAAAGUAUUUUUUAUAAUACUAUUAUAGCCAUAAAGGCAUUAAUUCAGGACAGAGAUGGACCCAGUGUUUAGCUAACGGGAGUGAACUAUCUUGCAAGCUUUAGCUAAACACUCUAAAAUCUAAACGGUGCUGCACACUUCGGUACGUGUCCGAAAAUCUGAACAAACGGGGAUUUGUUUGUGUUUCUCCAAACGAACAGCCCCGUGGUUACGUAGAGUACAACCUCACAUGACGAGAGAAAGUGCAUUAACUUUUGCGUCGAGUGAUCCACUGACAUGUUGGCUGCUGCCACAUGCUUUGACUCGAACACUGCAUCCAGUUAGUUAGUUAGUUAGCAACAAGUUGAACUUUGAACCUGUUCCCUAACAGGUACAUGGUUGCAGAUAUGGAGCAACUCUACUCUUGAUGAUCCCAACAGGCUGCGUUGUAAAAAACUGUUGCACGCUUGAAUGAUUAAGUCUGGACAUAAGGAAACUCCCUUCACCUGCAUAAAGUCUGGUCAGAAACAUGGCCUCAGCCUCGUUGGGCCGACAGCUGGUGGCGUGUCUCCUCAACGUCUCUGAGGCUCGCAGCAAAGACCUGGUGGAGACCGUGGCUAGAGCAGCCCUGUACAACUCUGAAGGCGUCAGACGAGAGGGAACCACGGUGCUGAACAUCUUCAAUGAUCACGACUACAACCGCUCCGUCAUCACCAUCGUAGCCAGUAUCCACUCAGUCACGGAGGCGGUUCUGUCUGCAUGUGAGGAGGCGUGUGGGCUGAUUGACAUGCGCGCCCACACAGGGGUCCACCCGUGCAUGGGCUCCGUCGACCUCGUACCCAUCUACCCCCUCGGGGAGGAGGUCGGAGUGGAGGACUGUGCUAAAGAGGCUCGAGCUGUGGCUCGGGGACUAACGGAGAGGGUCCGGGGCACCAGUGCCUUCCUGUUCGGCUGGGCGGACGCCCCCCUGCAGCGAGGCCUGGCCCACAGGAGGAAGGAGAUGGGCUGGUUUAAGAAGACGACCGACCUGCUGACCAUCAGGCCCGACGUGGGGCCACCGCCACAGAAACGGUUCGGCCUCACAGGUGUCGGGGCCAGUCCAUACGUCAUGAACUGCAACGUCACCAUCGACACCCAGGACAUGGCCGUGGGUCGCAGCAUCGCCACGGCCAUCAGGGAGUCCACCCCGGGGGGUUUGCCCGGCGUGCAGGUGCUGGCUUUGCCUCACGAGGGCGCUGUGGAAAUCGCUUGCAACGUGGAGAGCGUGAAGGGGGUCGCGCCCAGUCACCUGACCGGAGGUGAGCCGUGGCCGUCCUUCAGCGUGGACGGGCAGACGUACUGCCACGCGCCGGCCUCCUGCAUCACAGCCAGGGUGGCCGAGCUGGCCGAGAGGCAGGGGGUCGGCACGAAGGGCACCGCUCUGGUCGGCUUCACCCCCCGAGAGUGCAGGGGCUACGCUGAGUUUGCGCUCUCUCAAGGGAUCGCUGAGUUCUGGAAGGAGCAGAGGAGGAUCCGUAUGUGAAGAUUAAUCCAUGAAGCCUCAAACUAAAAGCUGACGUCACUUCGUUUACAACGAGAACUGACGACGGUUUAUGACGAGUCAGAAAGUUUCAUUUUACACAGAUGAAUGUGAAUUUGAAACUGUCACCAGUAGAUUUAUCAGAAAAAAGUUAGCAACAUGUUGGAAGGCUGGUUGAAAAGUUCAAACGUGUCUAAUUUCCUCCCCAAUAAAACAAGAAUCUUUAUUUAAAAAAUGUGCACGUGCUCUCGAUUAUGCUCCUGAAACCCUGCGUCCUCAUAUGUGGACAUUAAGUUUUGGGUUUUAUUGCAGCUUAUUCUGCUUCAUUUAGAUCCAUUGUCCUCAAAAGUGGACGCUUCAUCUAGUCUGCCAUCUAGUGGUAGCAAAGGGUCAAUACACUGGUUGGUGUAAAAACAUGAUAGGGUUCAUUUCUGCAGGGACAAAAAUAGAAAAAGUACAAAACCUCUUCAAAUUUUACAGUUUUAAUUUGAUUAUUUAUGCUUAUUAACUUUUCUAGUUUGAUGUGAUGCACAAAUUUAGCAACGAGCUACAGCGUCAAGUAUUUGACAACGCUGGAAUUUCAUUGUUUGCAAUUAUGCUUGUUAUAAGUUCUUACACAUCGGUGUCUUUCUUAUAAUAUAUAGUGAAUAAUCCCCGUGUCCACAUAUGAGGACAUUUUCUUCCCCAUAUGAGGACGCAGGGACUCACAUCCUAUUUAAUGUAACUGUGGAUUAAUCCCACACAAUGAUUCAGUUUGACAAUGAAUACGUGGCUACUGUGGCUAGUUAGCUGGACAUGCUAAUAACUAAAAACUUUAGCUGACAGAUGCACCACUCUGUCAGUUUCUUUUAAUUUAACGUUUUCUGUUAUUUUUGGUUUUUCGCAGAUGCAAAUUAAAAGGCAGACGGUUCAUUUCAGGUCACAUCUGCUGCAGACGUGCUUCUUCUUCUUCUUCUUCUUCGCACAUUCAGUAACUGGAACUGGAAUAAAUCUCUCAAUUUAAUAUUUUCCUUUGUAGUGGAUGUGACAUGGGCUAAAUGAGAUCUAAGGAGAUUGAUUUUUUUUAAUUCUGGGUUUCGUGUCUGCGCUGAUGAAUCCCAGCACAUCGUCCCCUGCAGUGGAAUCUGUGACGCCGCUCUUCUUGUGCUUCUUGUGUGUGUCAUUUCCUGUUUAGAGCAAAUGGGACACUUGUGUUUACUGAUGAGUCUGUGCUGAUGAGUUUCUUCCCAUCAUUUUUUUUUUCCUGCCUUACCAUGCAUGACUCUGUGGGAGAGUCACCAUCUGUGUGAGAACCAGGCUAUUUUUACCACGACUCAUGGGCUGGAUCUCAAGAGAAACAUCCAGUAACUUGGCAGCGUUUUGAUGAAAAUAGAGGUUUAGGUUUAGUUUCCUUCCUUUUGUACAUGUAAGCUUCUGAUGCAUGGAUUAACUAUUUAAUAACGUGGAGGAUAAUUUGGCCAGAGGACAGGUCAAGAAUUAACUGGGGCGAGAUGAUUCCACUCAUUCCUUACAUAAGACCAGUAUAAGGCAUGAGUAGCAUCACAUUAAUGGAGUGAAAAGGUGAUAAUAACUUGGGCUAUUUAUGUUUAGUUUUGUGUCAAAUGUAACAGAAACUUUUUAAAUACAGAAGUCUGUUAAGCAUUGUGCACUAACAAAUUAAAUCCCUGUGUGAGCUGAAAA